AUGCUUCCACCUUCUCCUGAAGUACAUAAUAGCAUCGAUAAACUUUUCCAGAAUGCACAAAGAUUUGCAAAUUCUCAAGGGUACGUCCUAGUUAAAAAAAGAACUCGAAAGGAUAAUCGUAGUAAAUUAAAAAAUAUGUUAAUACAUUGUGACCGAGGAGGUGUUUAUAACAACUUCUCUGGUUUUGCUGAAGAAACACAUAACAGAAAAACAAGCACCAGAUUAAUCGAUUGUUCUUUUGAAUUGUAUGCAACUCGACGAAAUGGCUUGUGGCACUUGGAGAUUCGUAAUGCUACACAUAAUUAUGGUCUCUCAAAUGAUAUGUCAGGACAUCCUAUUGUUCAUCGACUAACAGAAGAACAAAAAGAAAGUGUUGCAAUAAUGACUACUUCCAGUUCACGUUCCCGUGAAAUUAUAUCAACACUUCGACAAAAUGAUCUGUCAAUGUUAGUUAUUAGCAAUGAUAUUUAUAAUAUGCAUGCCCAGCUUCGGCAACAAAAUCUGGCUGGUAGAACACCUAUUCAGGCUUUAGUAGAUGAACUUCAAGGAGGAAAUUUUUUAUAUAAGUAUAAGUGUAAUAAUAAUGGUUCAGUUACUCAUAUAUUUUUUACACAUAAAGAAUCAGUCUCUCUUAGCCAUCAAUAUUCUACAGUAAUUCUUAUAGAUUGUACCUACAAGACUAACAAAUUUAAAAUGCUCUUAUUAAAUGUCAUAGGUAUAACCAGCUUCAAUAAAACUUUUUUUUCUUGUUUUAUUUUUAUGAAAGAUGAAGAUAAGGAUGAUUACAAAUGGGCCCUUACAAAUGUCAUGAGUAUAUUUGAUGGAAUGCAAAAACCCGGUAUUAUAGUAACUAAUAGAGAGUUGGCGCUUAUGAAUGCCCUCAAAAUUAUCUUUCCUAAUUCAACAAACCUACUUUGUGCAUGA